AUUACAGAUUGUCAAUCCGUAUUUAAACGUCACAAGAGGAAGAAGAACCUAACCUUCAAACGUCUACAACCACAUAGUAAACAAUGUCGCUUUUUCGUAAACCGAAAAAGAAUAUAAUUCAAAGAAGGGUGUUUACCGAAAAUGACGACGAUGACGAGCCCAUGGGGGUGCCAGAAGUCGCCCCGGUGGAAAAAGAAAACAAAAGCAAAGACAAGUCCAAAAAACAAAAACAGAAAUUGCUCAGCUUCGAGACAGAGGAGGAAGGCGAAGUGUUUCAGGUGAAAAAGUCGUCUCACAGUAAAAAGGUGCUCCGCAUGUACGAGAAGGAACGUAACAAGAAAAAGGAGGCCAAACCUGAAAAGGAGGAAGUCAAGCCUAAGGAUCCGAAAACUGAAAUUGUGACUGAUGAUUUGGUUGUGGUUAUUAAUUCUAGUCACAAGAAACCGCCCACACCUCCGCCACCACUUAUUUUAAGUGGCAGGGAUGCUUUAUGUGCAGGUAAAGAUGAUCUGUCAUCUGAGGAUGAAGAAGGUCCAGUUCACAGAUUCUCCAAGCCAGAUAAUUUUAAAAGUAUCCUUGAGUCUGGAGCUAUUCCAGAUGCUGCAAUGAUACAUGCUGCUAGGAAAAGAAGGCAAAGGGCAAGGGAAUUAGGUGAUUUUAUUCCCACUGAAGAGGAAGAACCGGAGGAUAAUGGGAGAUUAAUGAGAGAAGAUGACCAUGAUGGAAGUGAUGAGGAAAGGAUGGAUAUGGAUGUUAAUCCUGUACUUAGGGAUCAAGAAAGACGGCGUGAACAGUUCCUAGCUGCUCAAGAUUCAGACCAUGACCUUGAUGAUGACUGGGAAGAUCAGCAAAUCAGGAAAGGAGUUACAAGUGCCACAGCUGUGGCAAUGGCGCAAGAAUACAUGCAAUACAAUGACUACCCUAGUGAGCAAGUGGAGUCUCAACCAAAUGUUACACCAGUUAUGGAACCUGGUGUGCCUAGAACGCCUCAAAUGAUAGCAGAUAAACUCAGGGAGCAUUUCCAAAACCUAAAGAAUUCUCAAGAAAACAACCUCAAACGGUUAGACCAAAUUAGGACUGAAAUAGAUGAAGUUACCUCGGAGUUGGAGACGUUAAAAUUCAAGGCACCCGUUGCUGCAGAGCGUUUUAAAUUUUACCAAGAAUUAAGGGGUUACAUAACAGAUCUUGUUGAAUGCCUGGAUGAGAAAGUCGGCGUUAUAACUUCUCUAGAACAACGGGCAAUGGAUUUAAUGGCGAAAAAGUCGGAGUGGCUUAUAGAGAGAAGACGACAAGACGUCAGAGAUCAAGCUGAAGAGGCUACUGUUAAAGGAGGAAUUGCCAGGAAAGGAAUUGAUGAUGAGGAGAAGAUCAGAAGGGCUGCGGAACGCGAAGGCAGAAGGACAAGGAGAAGGAGAGCAAGAGAAGUGCCUGGCGCACCUAAACACGUCGAAGGAAUGUCCAGUGACGACGAAAUUUCUCAACAAGACAUGUUGAAUUUUGAUAAGGAAAGAGAACAAAUUGAGACAGAACUGCAAGAAGUAUUUGAAGAUGUGGUGGAAGAAUACUCCUCAAUCGCAAGUAUACUUAUCAAAUUUGAGCAGUGGCGAGAAACCGACUUAACUGCAUACACAGAAGCGUACGCCACUUUGUGUUUGCCAAAAGUUGUUAGUCCCCUUGUAAGAUUAAAUUUAGUAUUUUGGGAUCCAUUAAAUGAUAACUCAGACAUUGAAAAAUUUGACUGGUACAGAACCAUGGCUCUUUAUGGAUUACAUGAUGAUGAAACUGAAGUUAGUUUAGCCAAAGACCCAGACAUAAACUUGUUGCCCACAAUAGUGGAAAAAGUUAUACUCCCCAAACUGAACAUACUUGUUGACAGAUGCUGGGACCCUUUAUCAAGCUCACAAACUCUGAGGCUUAUUGGAAUUAUUAGUAGAUACAUACGGAAAUAUCCAACAUUAGGUCCUGCAAGUAAAUCCCUAAAUAACUUCUUCAAUGGCAUUAUGCAUAAAAUGAAAAUGUCUUUAGAACACGACGUUUUCAUACCGAUUACACCCAAACUAGCAGAGAGUAAAUCACCCUUUUUCCAACGCCAGUUUGCCAGUGGAUUAAAACUACUCAAAAACAUAACUAGUUGGCAAGGCAUUUUAAACGACAACACGCUUAAAGAAAUCGCGAUAAACUCGUUAUUAAAUCGAUAUUUGCUUAGUGCAAUUAAAUUUUGUAUUAUAACUGAUGCAGUUCAAAAACUUAAAUUAAUAACUUUGAUUUUGCCUAGAAUUUGGCUUCAGGAAAAUGCGACCGAACUGAAAAUGUUUGGGAAUAGCGCAAUGCAGUUAUUCCAACAACUCGACAAAAAUAAUCCGUUGCAUUUGGAGUCUAUUGAUAUUUUAACAGGUAUUAUGAAAACUUUACGUUCUAACGUGUAAUUUAACUUUUAUUUAUGUGGUCUGUAAAUAAAGUUUUAAUUUGUA